AUGUCUGAUUUUUAUCAAUAUAGUCCUCCAGGAUCUGCACUUAUGACUGUGAGAACUCCUCACAAUAAAUCAAAAUCAAGGAAUUCAGCAAGAUCAUUGCAUAAUUCACCUAACUCGGGAUCAUUGCCAUUUAUAGAUAGAGCUGAAAUAAAAACUGCUCCAAAACCAACUACAUCUAAUGAUAAUACUGAGAGAGAAACAAGGCUCAUUACAAAGGAACCAAAAAUAUAUAGAGCGACCAAAAUUGUAUUAAAAAAAAUAUACCUUUUCCCUAUCAUAAAUAUCAAUAAUUCUAUAAAUAAAAUCCUUUUAUAUGUUUAGAGAAAUUAAUAAAUUAAGUCAUAAUUAUUCUUCAAUGAGCUUUGGUAACGUGGAAUCGUUCUUGAAUAUGAAUAUAGAAGAGAUUGAUAUUUAUGAACUGAGAAAAAUUAUGCAAGAACUGAUUAUAAAACAAAGAGAGCUGUUUAGAAAUCUCACUGGGAGAUGCGAAAUAUUAGGAAAUAUGAUACGAGUUGUAGAAAACAGCGAAAAUUUUUCAGAAAGGGAAGCUAAAUCAUUAAUCCAACUUAUUCAUGAAAUGGCUGAAACUGCUGCUAAUACUUCAGAAGUGGAAAUUAAUUUUGGUGUAAAAAGCAGGGAGUUAGAAAGGAGGAAUUUAGAAUUUUCUGCUUUGAAAAGCAAAUAUGAGUCAUUGUUAAAAAGAUCGUAUCAGUCUGAAAAUGAGAAUAAGGAUUUAAAAGAAAAAUUAAACCGCUUUAGCCUUAAUUUAAAAAAUGAUUAGUAGGGUAUUUUUAUUAUUAGAAAUUUAUUAUAAUAAUAGAGAUUAUAGUAAUAGCAUAUAAAAAAUCUUCAAGAAGAAAACGCUAGGCAAUCUAAACUCACCAUGACAGAACGGCAAAGAUUUUCACGUAGCUUUUAUAUAGAAAUCACAUCAAAAAUCCAAUCACUUGAAGAAGGACUUCAAGCUAUGGUCAUGACCCAAGCUGGAAACAACGUAGAUGUUGCUGGAAAAUUAAAAGGCGCUAUAAAUGCUUUAUUGCGAGAAAGCCAAGAUUACCGCAAAGAAAUUCAAGAAAUGUAAUAGUAAUUUACUCCUCCCCAUCCUUGGUCGGACGAUCGACUGUAAAAAUUCCUAAAAAUUGGGGAAAUUAACCCCCAUCCUUGAUUGAACGAUUUUCAUAUCAUGCAAAUUUUUAUAUAUAUAAAAAUAUAUUAUUUAUCAAAAGUUUGGGAAGAUGCACAUAAUGAAGCUGUUUUCAGAGAUUUUGAGACGACAGAAAGCUUCAAAAUCAACCAUUCGAAGUGAUUUAGCCAUCAACCUAGGCUCAAAAACUCAAUAAUCUAAUAAAAUAGAGAUUCUUUAAAAUUUUUUUAAAACAAUUAAUUUAAUAAGGAACAAAUUAAAAUUUAUAGGGGUAACUAAUAAAUCAAAAUAUUAAAAAUUGGUAUUUUUAUGAAAUUAAUUCAAUUUUUUGCUGUAAAAAUAAUAAUUAGAUACUCUUAACACUCUUAUUUAAAAGUAAAUAAAAAAAAAUAUAUAUAGAUAUAUUUUUUAUUUUAUAUAUAAAUUUUUUUUUCCCAAAAAAUUUUUUUUUAACCCCCAUCCUUGAUCGAACGACGGCGAGUCGUUCGAUCAAGGAUGGGGGGGAGUUAGGAAAAAAGAAAAAGAUAUAUUGGAAAGCAACAUACAAAGAUUAAACAGAAAAGUGACGAGGCUAACUAUAAAAUUAAAUGAAAUAAAAAAUAGACAAGCAAGAAUUGAAGAGCUUGAUUUACCAAUUGUUUAUAGCCAUUAAGAAAAAUAAAGCCUUAGGCUUAAUAAUAUAAAUCAGUAUUUUUUUUCGAUUUUUAUCAUAAAAUAAAUAGAGAGAAUUAAUUUUAUUUAAAAAAGUGUAUAAAAUAAAUUUCGAAGGAAAAGAAAGAGAAAUGAAUGAGCCAAGAACGCUACAGUAUAGAAUUAAUAAUUUAGCAGCUGAAAGAAAGCAAUUUAUGAAUGACAUCUUAGAGCAUGGAACUCAAGCCUUGGCACAAAUUUAUGACACGCCCAGCAAAAUUGUAUAUUUAGAUACAGUCAUCGAAAAAAUGCUAAAUUUAAAUGAUUUUGUGGAGCAGGUUGGGCUGAUAAAAAAUGCUUUAGGAAUAAUCGCGAAAAGUGAAGAUUUAUAUGCAUUAAUAAAUUCUAUUAAUACUGAAAUAUCAGGAUUGCUAAAUGCAGAAAGAUGCCAUUUUUGGAUAUAUGAAAAAUCUACUGAAGAAAUAUGAACGGUAGCAAAUCAUAAUGAACAUAAAUUUAGAGCUGAUAUAGGCCUAUUUGGGACGAUUUUAAAUCAAGGUGGGUAUAUUAGUACAAAUUCUCCUCAGCAAGAAAAUAAUUAUUCUCCAGAAAUUGAAAAUGCCAUUGGGUAUCAUACAAAUUCUUUAUUGUUGUAUCCAGUAAUGAAUUAUGAAAUCCAACAAAUAUUGGGUUUUUUGGAAGUUGUAAAUAAUUGUACAGGACACUUUGAGCAUGAUGAUGAGUAUUUAGCAGAAUUAUACCUUUUAUAAUAGUUUAGCUUAUCAAUAAAGUGCUUUUAUUCAAUCUGUAUAUAUUGUAAUUGCCCGAGGAUGGCGCAAGAUAGCGCCAUCCUCGGGCAAUUUAAAAAAUGGCCCUACACCAGGAAUUGAACCCACGUAUGGGGCCAUUUUUGGUGCGUGGAAGUCGAUGUUCUACACAUACCAAAAAUGGCCCCACACGUGGGUUCAAUUCCCGGUGUGGGGCCAUUUUUGAAUUACCCGAGGAUGGCGCAAAAUAGCGCCAUCCUCGGGCAAUUACUAUAGUUUAGAUAACUUACAAUCGGAAAUAAAAUAGUAUAAUUUUAGUAGUAUGAUAAAAUUUAUAAUGAAUUAUAAAUAUUUAAAUUAUAAAAAAAUUAUUUGUUAUUAUAAUUUUACCUACCAUUUCAUCGCUUACAUUAAAAACCUAUUCAAAUCAUUCUAUUGUCACUAUGAAUCGCAUGAAAGAUGAUUUAAUUAAAUGCUCGAUCGACCUCUUAAAAGUUACUAACCGAAAAGAUUUAUUAAAAAUUUCAGAAAAAUGAAUUUGCAGCAUUUUUUCAAUAAACCAAUGCAGGAUCUGCUUAGUUUGUGACGGUAAAAUACAAAGAUUAUCUGGCGAAGAAGUAAUAGAUAUACCGAAAAAUGUUGGAUUAUGUGGACUAGUUGCAGAAUCCCAAAUGUCUGAGCAUAUCAAGGACCCAUACAAUGACACCAGAUUUAACUCAGCGUGCGAUUUAGAGGUGACUUUACCUUUAUUUUUUAUUCCAAUAACAAAGAAAAAUCACACUAUUGCAGUCUUGCAGAUUCCUUUUAAAAAUUCGAAAAUAAAAUGGUGAUGUUGAUGGAAAUGGACUCCGAAGCAUACUUCCUAUGGAACAGGUUGGAACUAUCCUAAUGAAGCUGAAAACAGUGCCUCUGUCCCUUUUGAAGUAGUCUUCAGGUCUUGGGAAGACUUCCGAAAAGGGAAGUUUUGUUUUACCAAAGGUUUUCCCUCCCUACUAGAUUGGCUAGACAGGUUUGCCUAACGCAUGGCCUUCCUUUUAUGGUACCCUACAGACAGCGGCUCUGAUCAAGGGAGCUGAUCCCUUAGACAGGUGGUUCAGACUGGAAAAUCCAAAAUGGCGACCUUCCAUUUUCUUCAUUUGACUCAGAAUUCGAUUGAGGCUUGUAUUUUUGGAGCCGAGAGGAGUGGACAUGCCCGCUUAGGGUCAGUUUAACUAGUAACUUUAAUUUAUAAAAAUUCAAAAAGCUCUUCGGCAAAGCACCAUAGAUUAGGUUUAAGCCAAAGCCCAGCUAUACAAGCAUUUGGUAGCUUAUUUGUUGGGUUUAUUAAAUUAGUUGAAGAAAGAGAAAAAAAUAAAAACUAA